UUUUUUUUUUUUUUUGGUUUAAAGUGGAGAAUCCUUUUUUUUUUAAAGAGUCAAGAAAAUUAAAAUUUGAUGAAAGGAAUUAGUUCAAAUUUACUUGCUUUCCAUCGUCAAUAUCAAACAUUAACUCAUAGUUCUCCUUAUCAAUCCGUCUUUAUUCUGUAUAGGUAUCCAAUCGUACAGUAACGUUCUGUUGUUCAUAAUUAUUUCAAGUAAAACCAUAACUUAGAUACUGUACAUAGACUCACAUUUUCCCUGUUACACAUACUCCUUCUCCUCCUUAUUAUCAACCUUAUAUCAUUCUGUUUUACUACUACGUCAUCAUCUUUAUCAAUCAGUAGUAACAUUUGCUAUAUAUCAUCACCUUUACUAUAUCCAUCGUGAUUCUCCCACUUUCAUUUCAUCUUAUAUGAUUCCUACUUCAACUACCAUCAAUAAACCAUCCAAAAAUAAAUCAAAUCAAAUCCUUAACUCCAGUAUCAAUAAUAAUAAUAAUAAUAAUAUAAGUCGCUCAUACGAUCCAUCAACCACUACUAUUUCCUAUAAACCAAUCAAACAAGAACCAACCAACCAAAACAACCUCUUCACCUCCAACACCAACAUCAUAACCACCCCUAACUCCACAUCUUCCAACAUCGCCACCUCCAAUAAUAAUAAUAUUACCAAUACUAAUAUCAACAACAACAAUAACAACAAUAAAAACUUUACUGUAACAGAUUUAAUCUCUGAUACAGAUAAUGCAUCUAUACAAAUCUUUAAAAUGUAUCAACAUAAGAACUAUUUACCUCAUAAUCAACGAAUCUCAAAUAUAGCUUGGAGAAUUCAAAAUAAAAAAUUAUUAUCAACUAAAUUAUCUCCUUCAAAUUCAGCUCCUGGUUCAUCUACUUCAUUAACUACUAAUGGUAUUGCUAAACCUUCUACAGGAAUGGAUAGAAGAUCUAGUUCCAUAAGUAAUAAAGCAGGUCCAAUAAAGGAAUCAUUCUCCAAUUCGGGUAGUAACAAUUUAAAUGAUCCAAAUCUAGAUGAAUUUGAUUAUGUAGCUCAUAUCAGAAGAAUAAGUCAAGAAGAAUAUAAUCAAGCUAAUAAUCUUCCUUCUCAAAAUCAAAAUAAUCCAACUUCUCAACCUGCCCCUUCAUCUUCUUCAUCAAAUACUGCAUCUACCUCAAAUUCAAAUACAACUAAUACUACCUCACCUGAUUCAAAUAGUUUAAAUUCAAACCUUUUCAGUACUAAUAUUAAUAAAUCUCAAUCGUUGCCCGUAAACAAUACUGUCAAUAACAAUAAUAACAACAACAAUAGUAAUAAUAAUAACUUUUUAUCAUCAUAUAUAAAUUCGUUGGAGUCAACUUUAAAGCAAGAUUAUAAAAUAGGGCCUAAUAUCAAAGCAGCAAGUACAGUAUCAUCAACCACCACACCAUUCAACGAAUCAUUGUCAUCAUCACCCCCAAAGUUCAAAAAGACCAGUCCAACUUCAAAUCCAACCAUGCCAUCAGCAUUAUCCACCAAUACAAAUUCAACAUCAACUCCAUUCGCAGGUCCAGGUGGGGUUAAACGGGUUUUACAAUGUACUAAUUGUCAAACUAAAACUACACCAUUAUGGAGAAAAUCAAGUAAUGGAGAUUUAUUAUGUAACGCUUGUGGAUUAUUUUAUAAAUUACAUGGUGUUUUAAGACCAUUAAGUAAUAAUCAUAAUAAUAACAAUACCAAUAACGUCAAUAAUAAUAAUAAUAAUAAUAAUAAUAAUAAUAAUAAUAAUAAUAAUAAUAAUAGUGCUACUAUAACGUCAAAUAAUAAUAAUAAUACUACGACGGCAAAGAGUAAACCUAUCAAGUAUCCUACUGAUAGAGCUAUACUGAAUAAUAAUACUAAUUUAUUUAAUGGUUUACUGGAUACAACUCCUACUUCUGAUUCAAUUCCAAUUAAAUCUGAACCCAUACUGCAAGCUUCAUCCGCACCUAAAUAUAAUAAUAAUAUACUUCCAACCCAAAAUCAAUUCCAUAAUGGUGGUCAUAGUUUGAAUAGUGGAGGAUUUAUGCAUGAUCCUUCUAACGAUGAUAUGAUGAAUUUAGAUUCAUUCUUAGAUUUAACCACUUCUGGACCAAAUUUUAAUAAUCAUCCUUCAUCAUCAACUUCAGAAACUUCACCAUCAGGCCUAUCUAAUAGUUUACCAAACCAACAUAAUCAAUUCAAUAAUAAUACUACCACCAACUCGAACAAUAACAGUAAUAAUAACAAUAAUGAUGAAAUUGAUAAAUUAUUGAAUAUUAAUCUUUUCCAAUCUGAUUCAUUCACUAUCGGAGCUUCAACCAAUCAUAAUCCACAAGGUAAUAGUAAUAAUCAUCAUUACAUAAAUGGAGGUAGUGAUGAGAUAUUAUUACAGGAUAAUGGAGAUAUGUAUAACAUACCGGAACAUCAUCAAGAUAUAGAUUAUGAUGAUGAUGGUCAUAAUCAUGGAGGAUAUGCAUCCCAACAUCCUCCUGGAAUCAAUAUUGGUAUGAAUUCCGCAAACAAUAACAAUAACAAUAAUGCUGGUGGUGAUAAUAUCAAUGGUGCUAAUAAUAAUAAUAAUAAUAAUGGUGGUGGUAAUAAUUGGAAUUGGUUAGAUUUCAGCCCUGCAACUACUAGUGGCAAUUGAAAUUUUACGAAUGGAAACUCUCAUACUACUAU